AUGGCAAUCAAGGCUAUAAUUGACGAGUCCACACCAGAGGAUCGGGCUGAGAGUUUCAAGGAGCAAGGCAACCGAGCACUGAAAACAGGCCUGCAGCAGAAGAAGAAAUUCUACUUGCGGCAGGCCAUUGAGCAAUACACUCUGGGCCUGGAGCUGCAAUGCAGCAAUGCCACGCUAGUAGCCCAGCUGUAUGGGAAUCGUGCACAUGUCAGCCUGCUGCUGGGCAACUACCGGAAUGCCCUGGAGGACGCUCGGGCCGCCCUGAAGGCGGACCCCACUUUUGUGAAGGCAUACUGGCGGGGAGCCAAGGCUGCGGCAGGGCUGCGGAGAUGGGAGGAGUGCAGAUACCUGUGUGAAGAGGGACUGGGGCUUGAUGCUGACAAUGCUGACGUGGCACGCCUCAGGCAGCGUUGCAGCGAUGAGGAACGGACAGAUGCCCAGCGUGCGGAGGAGGAGAAGCGGCGAGCUGCGGAGAAGCGAGCUCCAGCACGGCACCUCGCAACUGCGAUGCUGGAGAAGGGGUGGAGGGUGGGACGCCCUCAGUUUUCUGUAGGUAACCGUAAGCCUAGCAUCGAUGCUGACGGUGCCAUUCACUGGCCCGUCAUCUUCUUCUAUCCCGAGGCCAGCAUGCAGCAGGAUGUGAUAGAGGACUUCUCAGUAACGGACACUUUCAGGGAUCACCUUGACUGCAUGUUUGGGCCAGACGGUCCCCCACUGGAUUGGGAUGUGGCAGGCGACUAUGGCAGAAGCAAGUUGGAGGUGUACUACCUCUCGCACGCAAGCAAGGCCAUGCCAUUGGAAGCCCUCACAGAGGCCCUGUAUGGCGGGUGGCCAGAGGUCCGUGACGAGGGUCCCAGCCGCUAUGGCCCCAACGCUGCCACCUGGCAGAGGGUGGAGGAGGGCUGGACGCUGGAGCAGGCGCUGGCCAGGGCAGACCACGUGGUACCAGGGAUCCCUGUCUUCUUCAUCCUCUCGUCCUCCACGCCUUACAAAGCCAGGUUCCUGUCGGGGGACAUUCCCCUCCUGUGA